UAAAAGGUUGAGAUGAGUUGCAUAAUAGGGUUUGAGGAAGAAGGAGAGGGAAGAUGGCAUUGGAGCAGUACGGGAAGGAGAAAGAGAAACUGAAAAAGGGUAUCGCCGAGUUUUACGACGACUCGUCUCGGAUGUGGGAGGACAUUUGGGGCGACCACAUGCACCACGGCUUCUACGACCUCCAUUCCACCGUUUCUGUUUCGGAUCAUCGCGCUGCUCAGAUCCGAAUGAUCCAAGAAUCUCUUCAUUUUGCCAAUGUUUCUGAGGAUAGUACUAAAUGGCCCAAGAGCAUAGUUGAUGUUGGGUGUGGCAUAGGGGGAAGUUCUAGAUACCUGGCCAAGAAAUAUGGAGCAACGGCUGUAGGCAUUACUCUGAGUCCAGUUCAAGUUCAAAGAGCAAAUGCUCUCGCUGCUGCUCAAGGAUUGGCUCACAAGGUUUCCUUUCAGGUUGCUGACGCUUUAGAGCAACCAUUUCCAGACGGGCAAUUUGAUCUUGUGUGGUCCAUGGAGAGUGGAGAGCAUAUGCCUGAUAAAGAAAAGUUUGUUGGAGAGUUAGCUCGGGUAGCAGCACCAGGUGGAACGAUAAUAAUAGUAACAUGGUGCCACAGGGAUCUUGGUCCUGGUGAAGAAUCCCUACAACCAUGGGAGCAAAAUCUGUUGAAGAGGAUAUGCGAUGCUUAUUACCUACCAGCUUGGUGCUCUACUGCUGAUUAUGUGAGAAUGCUCCAAUCCCUCUCACUUCAGGACAUUAAGUCAGCAGAUUGGUCUCCCUUCGUCGCUCCAUUUUGGCCCGCAGUCAUACGCUCAGCCUUGACAUGGAAGGGUCUCACUUCACUCUUGCGCAACGGACUAAAACCCAUAAAAGGAGCUUUAGCUAUGCCGUUGAUGAUAGAAGGAUACAAGAAGAAUCUGAUUAAGUUUGCCAUCAUUACGUGUCGAAAGCCUGAAUAAGCAUAGCCAAUGCAAGAUGUUAUUUUCACAUAUGAAGUAGGUUAACGGGUCAUUUAUUUUGAUAGUUGUGCAAGAUGUUAUUUUCACAUAUGAAGUAGGUUAACGGGUCAUUUAUUUCGAUAGUUGAAAUGUAAGAGAGAAAAAAAAUAAAAAAAAAGAUGUUGGGACUUGGAGUUGAUG